ACUUGUGCCAAACACCAUCAGUUACCAACGAACUCAGACGAAAUUAACAUCUCAAUUUUUGAAAGCCGAAAAAAUUCCCAAUCAUCAUCGACAUGGCCGAUAGUUCCUAUACCAAGUUCACCAUGCUGCCGGAGCCUUCGAAAUUCAAAAUCAAUACCCAAUAUUUUUCACCACAUGACCUCAACCUCUUUGUGGAAAGCCUGGAGACCAUACGCCGUCUGACCAUCGAAAAACAAGAGCGCAAACAACAGAAAAAGGCCGCCCAAUUGGCCAAGGCUGCCAGGACCUUUAAUACCCUGUCUCGCAUUCAUUCCGAAUCCUGCCUGGAUCGUUCCUCAGCCGAUGAAAUUGAAGAGGAACCCAUUAUGCAUUUGGAAAACAAAAAAGUGCCCUCAACACCCGACUCUCAGCGAUCGCAAUACGAUGAGUCCUAUUUCUCCGCUCCCAACAGUGCCCAAUCCUCGCCACGCAACAGUGUCAUCUACAAUCAGCAGCUCAACAAGGACUCAGAUGGCUCCUUGCUUUCCAUAACAAUUUCCACAGAUUCCGAAGAAUCGGGGGUCUUUCCCAUUGGAGGCUCCACCCAGGAUCUGUAUGAACCCCAACCGGUACCCAUACGACCUCGCUCGAAAUUAGUCAAUAAAAAACGUUCCCUUUCGACCAGAUCCAAACUCAUUGGAUUGGUUUUGAAAAAGGAAACAUCACACAAAAAAUCCCAACCCCGAGUACAGCUGAUCUCUUGUCGUCCUCUAGAUGAAUACGAAACGCUAGAGAUGUACGAACAGGAACAACAGCAACAACUCAACAAUGUGCUACAUGCCGAAACGGAAAAACUAUCGCGUUUCUCCACCCUGCACAUGAGGAAAAAGUCUAGGCAAGGCUUUGCCUGUGCCGACGGCUCGUCGGAGGAACGUUUUCUGGACAAAGCCUUGCGUUAUUUGACUUUGUAGGAAAAUUCUAAGAGAUUCCAUAUUUUUUUAGAGAGAAUUUGAUUCUGUAGUCUACUGACCCUCUAGUUAUAUAGGUUAUCCUGUACAUACAUUUAGUUAUAAGCCUUAAGUAUAUAUAAAAAAAAUGUAUAACAUUUUUCCUAAAUUUAAAAAAUUAAAAUUUUAAUAUUUUUCUAGACAUUUUAAAAAAUAAAA